UUGUGGGCUCAUCUAAAGCUGAGUAACAGGAGGAGAAGAGUCUGGUGGAGCAGCAGAGGAACAAUUUCAGCCAUUUGGACUCAGCUCAGCCACUACAGAGGAAACAAUGACUUCAACACAGGAGGACCAACAUGGAGCGAGAAGUCAGCGCUCUCAGGAGGCCGACAAACCUCACAGAAGAAAGAGAGAGAAAAAAUACAGUUAUGAUGAGUGUGGAGAAGAUUUUACUGGAAAGUCUAACCUGAAACUUCAACAACUCAUCCACACUGGGAUGAGACCAUUCAGGUGUGACUUGUGUGGAACGUCUUUUACCAAGACAGUAAACUUAAAAAGACACCAACUCAUCCAUAGUGGAGAUAAACCGUACAGCUGUGACUUGUGUGGAAAAUCUUUUACCCAACCUGGAAACUUAAAAAGACACCAGCUUGUCCACAGUGGAGUUAAACCAUACACCUGUGAUCAGUGUGGUAAAACUUUUAAUUGCAGUGGCAACUUACUAAAGCAUGAAGUUACCCACUCUGGAAUUAAGGCGUACAGCUGUGACAUUUGUGGGAAAACCUUUAGCCUUUUAGGGAACAGAAAUAGACACCUACGCAUUCACACUGCAAAUGAUGUUUACUUCUGUAAUCAGUGUGGCAAACUGUUUACAACAGAUGCACACUUACAAUUCCACAUGUUUACCCACGCUGAAGAGAGACUUUAUAAAUGUGAACUGUGUGAUAAGGCUUUUAAAGCUCCACGUUACCUGAGAAAACACCACCAAAUGCACUCCAGAAAUAAACUCUACAAGUGCAGUUAUUGUGAGAAGCAGAGCGACACAGAUGGAUCCAGUUCUCAACCCUGUCAUCACUGUGGAGGUGGGAAAGCGUUUCGCUGUGACCUUUGUGGAAAAAUUUUCAAUCAUCGAUGGAACCUUACAAUACAUCAACGUAGACACACUGGAGACAAAAUGAGCUACUGCAAAAAAUGUGGGAGAGGCUUCCCCACUCGAAGUGAAUUAAAGCGCCAUGAACUCAUUCACAGUGGGGUCAAAAAGAACGUCUGUGACCAGUGUGGGUCAUCAUUUAUCACUGCAGAUGAUCUUAAAAGACAUAAACGAGUCCACACAGGAGAGAAACCAUACAAGUGCAGACACUGUGAGAAAUGUUUCACACAAUCAAGUAGUCGUAACCUUCAUGAAGGUACACACGGAAGAGAACUUCAGCUGUGACAAGAGCUUCAGGAAUCUCAGUUCAUACUCCAAACACAAUCAAUCCCACGCUGUAAAUAAACUGUUUCACUGUUACCAAUGUGCAAAAACAUUUACUUCAUUAUCUGUUCUGUGCAAACAUCAGCUUGACCAUGCAGAACUGAAAUCACUGGAUCACAAUGACUCUGAGGGGACAGAAAGUUCCUCUUCUGGUUUCAGGGUCAGACUUAAAAACCUUGAGAUCAGGCUCCACAGAGUUCAGAGUGAAUCUCCUGUAAAGAGUGUCAGCUGAUGCCACACUUGGAUCUGAUGAGGUAGCUCUGCUUUCUGGACCUGCAGUGAAUAAACCUGAAUGUUAUAACUAGGAAGGCACAAGUAUAAAUAUUUACAUCAAGUUUUUGUCUUUUGUUUUUUUUUUUGUUUUUUUUUUUUAAGGAAUCUUAACAUUUUUCCCCCUUUACAAACAGUAGCGUUUAGUCUCAGUACUUCCAUGGAUGCUUUUUGUGUUUAAUAACCAGUAACCAUCAUGGCUUGAUAAAUAGAACAAUAGAUAUAUCCCCACUCUUAAUACACCCAAUCACUGCAGUGUCAUUAGAUAAACUUUUACAGGUGGCAUGUUUCUCCUUCCUACUAGAAAUCUGAGGUGUAUAAGGUAAACAGCAAUGGAGAUCAAAAUCCUUCGGCACUAUUAUUUGCCCUGCAGUGAACUGGAACUUGUUCAUCAUGUACUAUUAGAAUGUCAGGUCUAUGUUCAGGAAAGGAACAAGGCAUUAAUAGUCAAUUUUUAAGAAGCUGAAUGUGACUAGGCUCUUUGACAUUCAUUUAAACACGAAGCUUCAGAAGGAUUUCAUAAGAUGGUCUAUACCGCAGUUUGACUUCAGUCUAGCAUAGAGGUGAUAAAGAUGAUUGUGUUACUAACUCUUUUGUGUCUUUUUCUUUUACUGUCUGUUGAAAUCCUAGUGCCACUAAUCUAGGCAACACAGUGGUAUAAGAUAGCGAUGUGCAAAUGAAGCAGUGAACCACUUAAUCAACUGAACUGAAAAUGGGUUCAUUAAUUCAAUGCUUUGUUUCAGCGCAUCUAGUGGCGAAAUGGGAGACAGUAAAAAAAAAAAGUCUAAAUAAUCAUGUGCUGAGCAUAACUGGGGGUUGUGCAAAAGAUACAAAUAUACUUGUGUAAAGAUGGAUUUACUGGUCAGUUGAUUCUGUAAAUGUACGUACUGUAGCUGAAGGAAGGAUGUACUGGGACGGUAUGGUGUGCUCAUGUAACUAGGGCAGGGUGUGAUUAUGUACAGGGGAUGAAGAGCCGAACAUUUUGUUUUUAUUGAAAAGAAUAUUUUUUCCUCUUUUUGGAAUGGCUUCAUUUUUUGCUGACAGUUUCUUCAUGGCCCUGAUGAGGCUUGGUGUUGCUUUGCUACCACAAACAAAUGUAGGUAAUUACUUGGACAUGUUCUCUCCCAUCAGUUCUGCUGUCAUGUUGGUGGUAUUGCCCAUUAUGGCCAUCUUAAUAAAGAUCUAUCUGUCUAUCUCCCCAUGACUCUCUUCUGCUGGAACAUUUCUACUGUCACCAUGUAAAAUGGGUUGAGCAAUGCUAAAUAAG